AAGGACCUUUUUUUUCUUCUUUUUUAGUAAUAAAGCGUGAAAGCAUCCAGCCGCUCGCUCACGCAGCUUCACUUCGUCGCUUCAGUCUGAGCUUGUGCGGUCCUGUGAACACAACGCGGCGGUAUAACGGUAAAACGGAACGGUAUAACGGCACAAAACGGUACAGCGGGUGAAAGCAGGGCGCUAGGUGCCAAAUGUAGGGGAAAAUUGCAUGUGCCAUUAAUGUGAAUUUGUGUGAGGAUAAACCUCCAGCAAGCCAGCUCCUUUUUGCGGGGCCAGAAAAAUCUUGGAAUUUCUGGCCACGUGUUUUCCGGUUUUUGGUUUUUUUAAUUUUUUGGAAAUCAACGUUUAUUAUGCAAAUUAAGGCAACAAAGACUUGGCCAUCCAGCAUCCAAUCUCCAAAAAACAUAUAAAAAACGAAGGAAACUCUGAAACUGGAAGCGCUCCUUGGCGAUUCUUGUUGGUUUUUUAUAUAUGGUUGCUGCUCCUGCUGCUGCACACAGACAAUGAAAGAAAUUUGUCAUCACACACACACACACUAACAAACGCACGCACGGAGAGCGUAGAACAAAGACAACGGAAAAAAGAUAAAUAAGCUAAGGACAGGGAGUGCGAAUAAGAGGGGAAGAGAAAGACGAGGCAGGGCAGUGAUGUGUUCUCCGUCUCACUCACUCACGCACUUGACUAAAUUUUAAAGUCUGUAGUUUUUUCUUGCAAAGAUGAAGAUUUUGGACCGUUAUCCUUGCCGGCAGCCGCAUAUUAUCGGCAUCUACAAGCUCCUGCUCCCCACCCAGCUGUAAAAUCCGCAUUCGCAUCCGACAUCCGACAUCGGCCAUCCGCAAUUUUUGACAGCUGUCAGCGGGAGUGUACGUGUGUGUGCGUGUGUGCUGGCACAGUUAUUUCCACUUGGCGGCAAGGUCAGCGCGACAUGCAAAUUGAAAAGCGCCGUACGGGCGAAAACAAAGGCCAAAGGAUGCCCAGCAACAACAAUACCAACAACGACUUCAUCCACGGGAAAAAUAGAAACAACAACAAGAACAGCAUCAACUAACGAAAAUGUUUGAGAAAUAUGUCGCCACAUAUGUGCGCGCGUGUGAGCAAGUGAAAUUAAAAUUCCCGCAUGCCUAAUGAAUUUGCCCGCUCGUUCGUCGUCCCUCUCCCACAACCGUUAUGCGUGUGUGUGCCAGUGUGUGUGCGUGUGUGUCGCUGACUUCGGAAUGACAACAAGAAAACCAACAACAAUAGCAGCUACAACUAAAACAAUGGCUUGCUAAGCUGUCUGAGUGAGUGAAAAAAAUUGAAAAAGGAGAGUCAAAUAGCUAGAGAGAGAGAGUACGAAAGAGCAAUAAAUAGAGAGAGAUAGGUGGAGGAAGACCGAAAGCAAAAGUGAAACUUGCUGUGAAGAAAGGAGCCAGAGUGGAUAGAUAGCAGUGGGUGCUGGGAGCAGGGAUCGGCGGCCAAGCAACGACAAUCGGGGGCAUGUCCACAGCCAAAAGGCUGGUGCUCUCGCUACGUGGACGCAAGAAUUCGCAGGGCAACUCGGCGACCUCAUCCACCCGCCUGGUAUCCGCCGGCACAUCGCCCGGCCAUGAGCUGGACGAAAUAGCAGUGGUCUCGGGCACUGGAUCCAGCAGUCACCACUUCUCCUAUGGUGGCUGCCUCGCCACCGGGGAUGCGCCUCUGCCGCGCUACUCAACAGCUCCCACGCCCAGUUUGAGGCGUGCGACGGCCAUAGAUGGCGAUGCAGAUGGCAAUGACAACGAAAACCAUGUCGAUGGUUAUAGCGAUGAUGAUAACGAUGAUGACGAUGAUGAACGAUGGCUGAGGGCUCCGGCUCAGAAGGCUCAAACUCAGGCUUACGCCGCUCACAAUGACAGGCCGCAGACCAAAACAACAGUCGCAAUACGUCAAAACAACAGCUGCCACAACAGCAGCGGCAACAGCAACAGCAACAGCAAUAAGUGCAACAGCAACAGCAACAGCAGCAACUAUAGAACAGCAACAACAUCUCAGUCAAGCAUUGGCCAUAGAUUAGCGCCCAGGGCCAGCUUCCCGGAGAUCAUGCAGCCACGCCUCUCGCUCAAUGGGCUGCUCAACCCUUCACUGAUGCCCUCGCCCCGCCCCCUUUAUCGGGAUCAUAGCUCCAGGUCAAUCAACCCACUGACCGCCUAUGAACAGCAAAUGGCUGAGCUGGAUGGCAGCUUCUAUGCCAGCAAUGCCGGCUAUUUGGGCGCCGGAAUGGGCGGAAGUGCGGGUGGUGGAACCACCUGUACAAAUCUCACUGUGGGCGGUGGUUCGAGUGGUAUUUCAUCAACGAGUGGCGGUGCAAAGGCUGGUGGUGUUGCUAGUGCAUCGCAAGUGGGUGGCAGUGGUGGUGGUGGUGGUGGUGCCGCCAUACACACAACCGAACUCUCGAUUACACCCACAAUGGCCGGCGAUGAGCAGUUCAUCGAUCUGGGUAGCCUGCGUCGCUUCUCGAUCGAUCGCCAGAGCUUUCUCGAUCUAGGACCAAAGUUUGGCAUGACCCAGCCGAAAUUCGGGCAGAGUGUCUCGCAACAAGGUUUCUUCACUUCGCACGAUAGCCUGGCCACACCAUGCGCCUCCAGGGCCUCCAACUCGCACAUGGCCACCGUAAGCACUGCCUCAGAAAUGGAUCUUCUGCACAACAAGCAACGCAACAAGUCGCGGGGUCGCCUGAAAGCGGCUGCCAGCGGCGACCAACCGCUCCUGGGCACCUGGAAUCGAUCCACGGGCCGCGGCUCGCAGGAUAACACGCUGGCCGGCGGCGGAGCCACCAGUUUGGCCAUGGGCGGCCACAACCAGUAUGGUGGCAACUACUGCAACGGCACAGAUCGCUAUCCGCGUUCCCGAUCGCAGCAGCAGGGGCACCACAAUGCUGCCCAACAGGCUCAUCACCCCUACCAGCUGCAGCACUCGGCCUCCACAGUGUCGCACCACCCGCACGCACAUGGCCCCCCCUCGCAGGGAGGACCUGGACCACCUCACGGUGGCCAUCCACAUCACCCGCAUCACGGUGGCGCCGGCAGUGGAGGAGGCAGUGGGCCAGGAUCUCAUGGCGGGCAGCCGCACCAUCAGAAACCACGACGAACGGCCUCGCAACGGAUUCGAGCAGCAACGGCGGCUAGGAAACUGCACUUCGUUUUCGAUCCGGCGGGGCGACUGUGCUACUACUGGUCCAUGGUGGUGUCCAUGGCCUUCCUGUACAACUUCUGGGUGAUAAUCUACCGUUUCGCCUUCCAGGAGAUCAAUCGACGAACGAUAGCCAUCUGGUUUUGCCUGGACUACCUGUCCGACUUCCUGUAUCUGAUCGAUAUAUUGUUCCACUUUCGCACCGGAUACCUGGAGGAUGGGGUGCUGCAGACGGACGCACUGAAACUCCGCACCCACUACAUGAACUCGACGAUCUUCUACAUCGACUGCCUGUGCCUGCUGCCGUUGGACUUUCUCUACCUGUCCAUUGGCUUCAACUCGAUCCUGCGCAGCUUCCGACUGGUGAAGAUCUACCGGUUCUGGGCCUUCAUGGAUCGCACCGAGCGGCACACCAACUACCCGAAUCUGUUCCGGAGCACGGCCCUCAUCCACUACCUGCUUGUGAUAUUCCAUUGGAACGGCUGUCUCUACCACAUCAUCCACAAGAACAAUGGAUUCGGAUCUCGCAACUGGGUCUACCACGACUCGGAGUCUGCGGACGUGGUCAAACAGUAUCUGCAGAGCUACUACUGGUGCACCCUGGCACUGACCACCAUCGGGGAUCUGCCCAAGCCGCGCUCUAAGGGGGAGUACGUCUUUGUGAUUCUGCAACUGCUCUUCGGGCUGAUGCUCUUCGCCACGGUCCUAGGUCACGUGGCCAACAUUGUGACUUCAGUGAGUGCAGCGCGCAAGGAGUUUCAAGCCAAGCUGGAUGGCGUGAAGACGUACAUGCGGAUGCGACGUGUGCCGAAUCAUCUGCAGGUGAAGGUCAUCAAAUGGUUCGAUUACCUGUGGCUUACGCAAAAAUGCUCGGACGAGGAGCGCGCCGUGUCCUGUCUUCCUGAUAAAUUAAAGGCUGAAAUAGCAAUUAACGUCCAUUUAGAUACACUUAAGCGGGUGGAGAUUUUCCAAAACACCGAGGCCGGUUUCCUAUGCGAACUGGUACUGCGCCUGAGGCCCGUGCUCUUCUCGCCCGGCGACUACAUCUGCAGAAAGGGCGAGGUUGGCAAGGAGAUGUACAUUGUGAAUCGAGGACGAUUGCAGGUGGUGGCCGACAAUGGAAAGACGGUGAUGGCCUCCCUGAAGGCUGGUUCCUAUUUUGGCGAGAUUAGUAUACUCAAUAUGGGCACCGCAGGCAACCGACGCACAGCCAGUGUACGCUCAGUGGGAUACAGCGACCUCUUCGUCCUGAGCAAGAAGGACAUGUGGGACGUGCUGAAGGAGUAUCCGGCGGCGCGUGUUCGUCUGGAGUCGAUAGCCGUCAAGCGAUUGGAGAAGUACAAGAAGGCCCCGCUGGAGAAAGUCAAAUACUUUAAUGUAGUUGCCAUGGGCCGCUGUCAAUCGACGCCUGGCCUAGUCGAGAGCUGUGGCCGCACCUCUCUGGAGGAGAUGUGGUUGCCACCCGCGACAGCCACUGCAUCCUCGCUGAUGCAUCACCACCAGACGCUCCAGCAGCAGCAACAUCAGGCGUCCCAGCAGCAACACAUGCCACACCGCCAGGAGUCAACCCAAACGUCCUCGCAGACUCAUGGUUACAGCCCCCGCAGCUACGCCGAUCGCUUGGCUCGGGCCACUGACUCCCCCAGAUCGGUGAGCCCCAGUGCCCAUGGAUCCGAGGAACGGCCACGUAGUCGAACAACUUCACAUCAUUCGAUAAGACCCCAAUCCCAACCCAGUCACACGGGUCACAUUUGCGACUCCAGUUCUCAGCUGGAGUGCUAUGGAGCGGGUGUGGGCGGGGCUGGUGGUGGAACCACCCCACUUCUAGGCUCCCACGAAGUUCUGGAGGAUGAGAUCAAGCGGCUGAGGGAACGACUGCAUACGGUGGAAUCCGAGAAUCAAGCUCUGAAUACGAAACUCUCGCAGCAGCAAUGGGAUCUGGAAAAUCGACUGGCCGAGAUUGAGAUGCAAAUCUGUGGAGUGUCAUCCACGUCCAGCGUGGAUCCCGAGAAUGAGACGGAGGAGCUGGAACGGAACAGAGAGAGUAUCAUAUAACACGGGAGCGUGCUGCCCCAUCAGGCGAUCGGUAUGGUGUACAUAUCAUGUUCCUCAUGACUCCACGAUCAUCAUCGAUCAUCUGACAACCGACUGCAUCCGGCUAACUGGCGAUUUGGAUCAUUAAACCGCAUCAUAUCGCAUCUAUCUCUCGCUUCCCCAAUCUCCCACUCUCUAUCUGUCUCGUAUUUGUGUUUCUCCCUCUCUCUCUCUCUCUCUCUCUCACUCACUCACUGUGUUUUAUAUUUGUGUGUGUGUGUGUAUGUAUGUGUGUCAUGUGCAUGCAUUCCAAAUUGCCUUAAAAAACUAUAAAAAUAUAAAUCAAAUAAACAUAACCAGGAGCAGCAGCAGCUAUACAGCAGCAGGAGGAUCGGAAGGACCAGGAGGCGGAGGAACAAGAGCGACCACUCGAAACUGAAACGGGGACUCAGACCUGUGCCAAGUACUUCUCGCUUUAGAGAGAACCCUUAAGAGAGAUUGAGAUAGAGAGGAGGGGAGGACAGGGCGCCAGAUAACCCCCGAAGAUGUGCAAUUAAUAUCUCUUAUGAUCACGCGACACCAAAAGUAAAAGUAAAAAAGCUAAAAUAAAGCCGAAAAGUGGCACUGCCAAACCGAAAAAAUUGUCUGUAAAUAGAAAGAAGAGAAAAAGAAGAAAGUACUUCAGAUCAAAAUAUAAAAAAAGGAUUGUAAUUGGUUUAUUUAUGCACGAGAGAGAUCGGAAAAGCUUUAAUAGAGAUUAUCCGAGUGAACUUUUUCCAGAAACCCUAAAAAACAACUUGUUACCCAAACACUUACACUUUUUCCAUACUAAGCUCAGAAAUAGAUUGAGAUUUACAUAGAAUAUCAUUAGGCCUAGACGCUCUUCGCUCCUUUUAAAUGGUUACUAAGCCAAACCGAAACGGGUACUCGAAUUCCCAUUGUAAAUACUCUCGCUCUAGGAACUCAAUUAGCAUUAUGGUCAAUGACAUAGGUACGGAUCAUCUGAAAAGCCCGAAAAACAAAAAAACCGAAUAACUAAAAGAUUACUUUAACUCAUGAGUGUAACAAAUGAAUCGUAUAUCUAUUGUAAUAUUUGCUAAUUGUAAUUCGAAACCAAAAACAAAACGGAAAUAAAAUUUACUAGAUGUGUA